AUGUCUUCGCCCGAGCGUCGAACUGCUGGAGUCAAGCGACCUCGCACACAGUCUCUCCCUCCCCCCUCGCUUCCUCAGUUGGUUGCCGAGCAGAGCACUCCCAUCCCUCCCACAGACAAGGAUUCUCAGCGUCUGAUCGUCGUCCUGUCCAAUGCCAGUCUUGAGACGUACAAGGCUUCUCACGGAGGCACCAGCCGCAACCGUGAGGACAAGUACUCUUUGCUCAACAGCGAUGAGCACAUCGGUGUCAUGCGCAAGAUGAAUCGGGACAUUAGUGAUGCUCGUCCCGACAUCACCCAUCAGUGUUUACUGACCCUCCUGGAUUCGCCUAUCAACAAGGCCGGCAAGCUCCAGAUCUACAUCCAUACUGCCAAGGGUGUCUUGAUCGAGGUCUCGCCCUCAGUCCGUAUCCCACGAACAUUCAAGCGAUUUGCCGGUCUGAUGGUGCAACUCUUGCACCGUCUGUCCAUCCGCUCCACCAACUCCAAUGAGAAGUUGCUCCGAGUGAUCCAGAACCCCAUCACUGACCACUUGCCUCCCAAUUGCCGCAAGGUUACUCUGAGUUUCGAUGCACCACUUGUCAAGGUUCGUGAGUAUGUUGAAACCGUGGAUUCCAAGGACAGCAUCUGCGUCUUUGUUGGCGCUAUGGCAAAGGGUGAGGAUAACUUCGCCGAUGCGCUUGUUGACGAGAAGAUCUCCAUCAGCAACUACUCUCUGUCUGCUAGUGUUGCUUGCAGCAAGUUCUGCCACGCGGCUGAAGAUGUCUGGGACAUUAUGUAA